AUGGGGCGGCUGUUCCUGACCAGCCUGGCGCCGGCGACCGGCACCAUCUACUGCUGCAAGCACUGCGACUCCCACCUCGCCUACGCCCAGCACAUCAUCUCCAAGAUGUUCCGCUGCAAGCACGGCAAGGCCUACCUCUUCGACAAGGUCGUGAACGUGGUCGCCGGGGAGAGCGAGGACGACCGGAUGAUGACCACGGGCCUGCACACCGUCCGCGACAUCUUCUGCGUCGCCUGCGGAGCCAUCCUCGGCUGGAAAUACGUGUCUGCAUUUGACAAGGAUCAGAGGUAUAAGGAGGGCAAGUUCAUCCUGGAGAGGUGCAAGAUCCAUUCGGGCGGAGGCGGCCCUCCCGACCGCAUCCAGCUGUGGGCUGAGCAUGACGCUCGCAUAAGUUCCAGCGAGGAUGACGACCAGGGCGCCGUGUGACCUUGCAAGACAAUGCAAGAUCAGUUCAUUAGGCAGGCAGACAUGACAUGACUGUAAAUAUUAGUGUUAAUCAGCGUCGUUCCGUUCCCUGGCACUGCAAAUCAUGUAGCUGCUCGCUAGAUGAAGAACCAUGAAUGCUUAUCUAUCUAUGCAUAUGCAACCGUAUGAACCAGACUAGUUGUCGUUCAUGUACAUAUAAGAAUGUGUCUCCACCAAAAUAAAAUCUUUGUCAGUUUAGUACUGAUUUGGAGGAUGGA